CAUUUGCUAGCGCCGGAUCUGGCUGCGACAGAACGACGAGCUGCAAUCUGGAAGGGCGGUGUUUGACGAGUUUUUACGUGCUAAAUUGGGCCUAACAAUGGACACCCAGAAGGACGUUCAACCCCCAAAGCAGCAGCCAAUGAUAUAUAUCUGUGGAGAAUGUCACACAGAAAAUGAAAUAAAAUCCAGGGAUCCUAUCAGAUGCAGAGAAUGUGGAUACAGAAUAAUGUACAAGAAAAGGACUAAAAGAUUGGUGGUUUUUGAUGCUCGGUGAAACAGAAUUCAUAUUUGGAUUUGCUGUUAAUGUUGUUGUAUAGCUUUUGAUUGGUGUACUUACCUUUAUGAAUACAACUGUAUACACAUGAUUUCAUUUGAAAAACCAUAUUGUAUUUAGGUAUCUAUUAAUAGUUUAUAUAAAGAAAUUAUUUUUUGUUCAAGUACGUGAUUUGUAAUUGAAUUCUAUACUUCGUCUGACAUAUGAUACACAAUGUCAGUGUCAGCAAUACACAGUGAAGGUUAAAAGUGCUUCCCCAAACCACACAUUUAAUCGAAACCUAGAAUCAUUGGGACCCUUCUUAAAAAUAAAGUUUUCUAGGGAUCUCUAAAAGUCUAAUUAAGUUCCUUGGAAACCACUGUUUCGUAUUAUCAACUGUUUGUAAAGUCUCCAGCAUCACUUUGUAUAGUGUAUACCAGUGCACUUACUGUCAGUGUGCAUACGUGAUUUUGAAUUACAUUUUUCAUUUGUUACUUGAAGUAGGCCUUUCUGUAUUUGUAUAUAAUGCUUGAUUAUUUGUUAAAUAUUGGGCAAAAGAAAAGAAACUUUAAUAGUUGCUUUCUGCAAAGCAAAACCCAACAUCACAUAAAGUGGAUGAAGCAGACUAUUAUUAAGUCUGGUGCAAUUCCCAGGUGUAAUCAUUCAUUAAAGUAAAAAAAAAAAAAAUCUGCUUUCAGGAUAUAAAAAGAAUAGAGAUUGGUUUACACUGAGUUACUGGAUAAAUGUUUAAAACUUUUACGUUGAUCUUAGGGAUAUGGAUACUCAGAUACUCCAUCUGUUCCAGGAUUCCAUUAUUAUGUUGGCCUCUCUAACAUUCAUUUUAAAGAUCAUAUAUAUUCCAACUUUAUUAAUAGCUAUGUGUGUCUCUUACAUUCAAAAUAAUACAUGCUGCUUUUUAAAAACCUGUGUUUUUACUACUGUCCUCGAAUACUAAGUUCUGUAAAUUUAUUACUUGCUAUACAAAGUAUUACCAUGCUCAAAUUUUAAA